GUUCAAAAAAGUGUGGGACAGAAGCUCAGAUGGCGACCAGGAAAAAAAUAUCUCAACAACACCCUAAUAAAUCUCUAGAUGAUACUUUUGACGUGAGUACAAACCCGUCAGGUUUUGGAAAAAAGCUAUUUGAACGCGAUGAUGAAGAAGCAGAUGAUGACGGGCCUGCAGUGUUUAUCUGCGGGAAAUGUAAGAUUCCAGUGGGUGACUCGUUCUCAUGGGCUGGUACUGAGGACUCACAGAAUCAAAUACGACUAAAAAAAAUCACUGAUAAUGUCGCGGUUGGAAAAGAGAAGCGAAAAUAUGGACCAGGCAAAAAGUCUCAAUGUCUGGUUUCGGACCUCAUUUGUCAAGGAUGUCUUUCUGUGAUUGGAAUGGUUUAUUCGUCCACACCAAGGCAACUAGACCACAAGAGGUUUAUCUUCUGCCUCAAUGUAGCAGACAUUGACAGUUAUGUGCUGGGCUCUGCAAACCAGACGUUGCCAGCAGAGGGCCUCGAUGAGCAGCCUGUGACGCUGGAGUACAGAGCCAGUGUGGAGCGACAGUUAAAAGAGAUGAAACUGAUGAUAAUGUCUAUGGCGCAGAAACUGGAGGAGAUGGAAUCUGGCCAGUAAGAACGAUGUGACGUACCCCCCGACGAUGAUAAACCUUCUUGUUGGCUUCUUCAUAUUGAGAUGCAAGCAGCGCACAUUUCAUAUACGUUCCUAUAGUUUACCUGUACUUGAGCCCCCUUUUCCAUUUGACCAUCACUACGCCUUUGUCCUAGCCCUCACCUUGCACACAUAUGCGUACAGUCGCUCAGCUCCUUUGUGGCGCUUUUACCGAUGGCGAAACAAAGCGCGGCCACACUUGUAAUCAAUCACACUGUCAGCUGGCCUCUCGCGCCGCAUGACAACAUCUCCACCGGUGAAGCAGAGAAAGUAUAAGCCCUGCCUGCGCCCUGAGCUGAAUGUUUAUUUGUCCAGGAUUUCAUCAAGCUCCAACCUGCACUCUCAGCAGAAAGCAGUAUUGAUCCGACCCAACACAAAACCACACACACACACACAUUAGCCUUUGUUCUCCUCGAAAUGGAAAGCCCAAACCACAUCAUGUUGCUAACGUUAACGCUGUUGCACAUCGUGGCCUUUAUAGCUUUUAAGUAGUUCUGGUUAUAGAGUCCCAUUCUUGUAAGUUCUUAUAAAUCCAUUUUAUAUUUGUAAUUUCCUGUUCAUAUUAUCCUCUUUGUCCAGUUCACCUCAUUGUUUUGUUUAUUUUU